UAAACAAACGCUCCUUAGUGUUCGAGGGGUAACCUGCGUCCGAGCGCAGAACUACAUUUCCCAGCGGGCAUCGGGUUCGGGGUCCCUUUUCCUUGGCCUGGGCUUCCCAAGUCGCCACCGCCGCCCGCGCUGCUUUUCAAAAUGUCUAACAAAGACUCUUGUGGAAAAAAGGAGAAGUCUUGGAGAAAAGACACCACCUCAUCGCCUAAUGUUGAUAAAGAUAAGAAGGAGGAAGAAAUCUCAGCAAGUUCUGCUAGUUCAGCUUGCACUGUAAGAUCCACUUCAUCAGAGAAGAGAAAAUUGAAAUCAGACCAUACAGAUAUUCUAUACUGUAAUAUAAAAAGAAGACAAGAACUGAAAAGACUGACUAUAGAAACUGACACUCCAAGAAAGAGACCAAGAAUCAGUUCUUCAUCCCAAGGACCAGUUAAACUCCAAGAAACAUCAUAUUCAAAUGACAGUAAAAUCAUUUCACAGAGUCCUUCUCCAAACGGAACCAGAAAAGAUACAAAUAAAUGUGUAGAUCUUAAAGUUAUUAAAUUGACAAAUGUUAGGAGUAAGCUGGACCAUGUUAAAAACUUUAACAGUCCUAGGAUUGCCAAAGAUGUGAAGCCUAAAGCCGAAGGCCAGCCAAGUGAAAAAAAAUGGCCUAAUUUACUUGCUCAGUGGGAGAAGAUGAAGGAACUCAAGAAAGAAAGGCACAAUAAAUUUAGAGACGGUUCUGAAAAGUAUGUUUUGGAGAAAUACAAGGGAAUCCAAUUUUCUCAGGAUUAUAAUUCCAACAAGAUAAUUAAGGAACCCCUUGAAUCCAGAAGAAGUAAGAUCAGUUUCAAAAUCCCAGUGAAAUCCCACAAUACCCUUCAGAAGCUUGUAGAAGAAAAUGUCUUCAGUCUAGAUUCUAACAAGUCAAAGGCGAAGCAAGAGAACACAGGAUGCCAGGAAGGUGCCCAGGUUUCAUUGAAUUUGACAAGGCACAAAAGUGAACAUUUAUUUUCAGAUCCCUCAUAUGCAGAGACUGUCCGUGAGUGGAAAGGAAAAUAUCCUGAGCGUCGUGAAAGUGAUGGUUCGAUUUCUAGCGAAAGCCUAACGCAGAGUUUUGAAGCACCAUGUUCUUCAGUGUCACUUGAAAGUAUUCAAGAUACAGAUCAAGAGAUGCAGAUAGUAGAAGAGCUCCAUGCUGCACGAGUGGGAAAAAGUGUGGAUUUACCUGUGCUCCCGCCUUCUGGAGAGUUAAUGAGUAUGGAGAUUGACUUGGUGGAAGAUGAUGCGCAGUCCUCUGCUGCAAAUACUGCUUCAGACAAAAAGCUUCUAAUUGUUAUUGAUACAAAUAUUCUGAUGAAUCACCUUAAAUUUGUUAGAAUGUUGAAGACAACAGAAAUCCCAGGCUUUGACAGACUUGUGUUAAUAAUUCCCUGGGUUGUUGUGCAAGAGCUGGACCGUAUGAAAGCAGGAAAAUUACUGAAACAUGCCCAGCACAAAGCUGUACCUGCAGUUCAUUUCAUCAAUGACAGUCUCAAAAAUCAAGAUAGAAAGCUAUGGGGUCAGUCAAUACAACUUGCAUCUCAAAAACUUUAUGGAUUGAGUGAUGAGAACAAUGACGAUCGUGUAUUAAAGUGCUGUCUUCAGUACCAGGAAUUAUUCCCUUGUUCUCUUGUUAUUUUGUGCACGGAUGAUAGAAAUUUAAGAAACAAAGGCCUAAUAAGUGGUGUGAAGUCACUGAGUAAAGAAGAAUUGAGUGGAGAGUUAUUAAACUUGUCUCUGAACACAGAUGUAUGUCAUCAGCCUUGUAUAUCUAAACAACAGUUGAAAUCAGAGGCAACAUCUUUGGAGGAGAACUUUGAGGAAGAAUCUACAAAUUCUGGGCUACUCAUUCAACUUGAAAGCAUUGUAUCUGAUCUUGAAAAAUCUCUUGGAACAGCUUUAUCUUCAAUAUUAGAAACAGAAAUGAAAAUCGCUUUUGGAAACCUCUGGAUGGAGAUUCUGUACUUGAAACCACCGUGGACUUUAAUACAUUUAUUACAGUGCUUUAGAAAACACUGGUUGGCUGUAUUUGGAUUAGUUAUGGAAAAGAGCUUGCUUGUAACUGUUGAGAGCCUAUAUGAAAAUCUCUAUAAAGCUAAUAAUGCAGUGGAUAUUACAACAGUGAAAUUCCUGCUUCAGGAUUCUAAAAGUCUGCUACAUGCUUUCAGUACAAGGUCAAAUUAUGAUGGCAUUCUUCCACAGGCCUUUGCUCAAGUAAACAAACUACUCCAAACAUUUUCAGAGGUCAAGGCAAAAUUUAAGCGAAGUCCGUCAGAAAAUACACCGGGUAAAAAUCAAGAAGAUACUUCUUCGAUGAAAUCUAACAACCAAGAAAUCGCCAUUUUCUCAGGUUCUCCCCAGCCCAAUAGGCAUCAAGAAAUCUGGUCUAUCCUAGAGAAUGUUUGGAUUACAAUAUAUCAAAACAGGUGAUCCAGAUGUGAAACCUUGAUGAUAAUCAUUGCCUGUAUAUGCCAAAACCAAUGAACAGUCACCAAGAUUGGCUAAACAAAGUAGCAGGAUACAGAGCUGUAAGAUUUAAAAUAAUUUAAGAAAAUGUCAGUCUGGAUUAAAGAAAAUUCAUGUAAGAUUUUUUAAAAAGAUAAAAGAUAAGUACUUUUACUUAAAAGGAAGAAAUACUUUUACUUAAAAGGAAGAAAUACUUUUAUUACUUUCAUACACAUAAACUAUUGUGGUCUUGGUAAAAUGAAAAGGUGGAGACCAUUUGUGGGUAGGUCUUUAAGUAAGCUGCUACUAGAGUAACUUAAAAAAAUUUUAAAAACAACUGAUUUUAAAGUAGGUCAACAUUCUCUCCCAUUCUUUUCCCCAAGUCCAUGGUCUUUAUAUAAUUGAAAUGUCAGUCAUGCUGUAUACCUUAUAGUGAGUUUUUUGGCUUAAUUAAGAGCCCAGUGUGACUGUUGUUUUGGAUUAAGAUCAUCUUUCUGUUCUAGUUGUUUACAAGAACAGCGAAGUCGUAUUAGCAGUCCACUUAAACAUUUCAGUCAGUCAUCUGUUACCACAGUGUAGAUUUGGGACCCAUUUUUAGUUCUUGGCUACCAUUAAAAAUUUUUUUCAAACAAAUAGACUGUCUGUUAUACUAAAUAACUGUAUCUGACAUGUGAACAAAAGAAAACAAUAUUUAAAAUUUUGUAUUUGCACAUAAAGCAAAAGUUUUGUUGUUUUUGUCCAGUCUUAACAUAUUUUUAAUGUUUUGGCUUAACAGAUAUUCUUGUUAGCAGAAAAUUACAUAUACCAGACAGAGAUGAUCACUUUCAAAAUAAAACAGUUUAAAACAAUAUCUAAGAUAUUUUAAUCAUCCUUUCAUUUAGAAAACGCUUGAGUACUUUAUGCACCUUGGAAGUGACUAUAAUAUACAUACAUUUGUGUUGGACGUUACAGAGUUUUGGGUAAUUUCUGGAUAAUAGACCUUACAGUACUUUAGUAAGUGAAAAAUGCUUAUUUGUUUGACUAGUACAUAGUUGUUGAAGCCUACUUCAUUGUCUCCCAUGCCUGUUGUGUACCAGAGUCACUGUAGAGCUUUUCAACAUCUUCAUGCUUGGGCCUUCCGUGUAGAGAUGCUCGUUUGAAGAUCUGGUAGGCCCUGUGCAGAGUUUUCCAUAAACUACUACUAGAGCACUUACACAAAACUGUAAAUGCCAUCUUCUUGCCCUGUGUUCUUAUCAUGGUUCAGUAAUCAUUUGUGAACUUAAUAGCAUACUAGGUCAGGUUGUUGUGCCUUUUCUAUUUAUAAAGAAUUUGGAUAAGUGUUAGAUACUACUAAUGAUUCAAGUUUGAAAAAAAAAAUCUUUCCUGCUAUUUCUCAUUCAAGCUUCUGACACAUUUUUUAAGAAACAUAUUUUGAAUUUGCAGUGGGAAUUGUAAUUAAACAGAAUGUCUUACUUUUUGCUGUUACUUUUCUCUGACUCAGAAUUUUAUUAAUACUGUGAAGGCAAAAGAAAAAAAGAUUGUUUUUGACAACUUACUGACUGAUAAUUUUUAAUAAAGUUUUUAAUAAAAGUUUUUAUAACUCUUUGAUUUACUGAUUGAUGGCUUUCCUAGAAGUUUCCUGUAUUCAUUCAUCCUCUGUCUCUCUGCCUCUCUCUCUUUCCCUCUCUCUCUCUCACAUACACAGAGACAAAAUGCAUAUAUACCCAGAAAAAGAAGUGCCCAUGGAUAUCAAUAAUGCUUGUCUCUGGUUGGUGGACUAUAGGCAUUAUAUAGUUCUUCUUUCUAUAUUUCUGUAUUUCAAACUUUAUGAGAUGACUAGGCUUUAAAUUUAUUUUUAAAAUAUAAGAGAUAUUUUUAAAUAAAAAAGUUUAUCGUUUUUAUUCUUAAAAUAAUAAAUGCACAAAACCAGUUUUUGUUUUUGUUUUUUUUAAAUGGCGGCACUGGGAAUUGAACCCAAGACCUUGUGUGCAUGCUAAGCAGUGCCGGGACAACUCAAUAGCUACAUACACUGCAAAAGAAUGCAGUUGGACCCUGAUCUUAAACUACAUGCAAAAAUUAACUCCAAUUGGAUAAAAUAUCUAAAUAUAAGAGCUAAACUAUAAAACUACUAGAAGAAAAUAUAGGAAUAAGUCUUCAUGACCUUGGGUUAGGCAAUGAUAUCAUAGACAAUGAUAUCAAAAGAUAAAAUAGGAGCAGGGCUGUCUGGUGCCACAGACUGAAAUGCAGAGCUCAGCAAGAGAUAAAUUAGGUAAGUUAGACUUCAUCAAAAUUAAAGCCUUUUUCUGCAUCAGAAGACACCAUCAAAGUCAAAAGAAAGCCUACAGAAUGAGAGAAAAUAUUUGCAAAUCAUGUAUCUAAGAGUCUGGUAUCCAGAAUCUACAGUGAAUCUUUAGAACUCAACAAUAAAAAGAGAGGCUGAUUAAAAAAUGGGCAGAGGAUUUGAAUAAGAAGUACAAAUGGCCAACAAGCACACAGAAAGGUGGUCAGUGUCAUUAGGGAAAUGAAAAUCAACCACAGUGAGAUACUGCUUCAUACUCACUAGGACGGCCAUUGGGGGAAGAAAAGGAAAAUAACAGAUGUUGAUGAGAAUGUGGAGAAACUGGAACUUUCAUACAUUGCUUAUAAGAAUGUAAAAUUGUGCAGUCACUGUGGAAAACAUAUCUGUGGUUCCUCAGUAAGUUAAACAUAUAAUCACCAUAGCACCCAGCAAUUCCAUUCUUAGAAUGGAAUUCUCAAAAGAAUUAAACACAAGAUUUCAAACAAAAACUUGUACAUGAAUGUUCAUAGCAAUGCUAUUUACAAUAGCCAGAGUGGAAGGAAUCCAAUGUCUGUCAACAGAAGAAUGGGUGAACAAAUGUGGUGUAUUCAUAAAAAAAGUGGUAGAUCCAUAAAAUGGAAUAUUAUUUAGCCAUAAAAAUGAAUGAAAUAGCAACACAUGCUACAACAUGGAUGAAUGUUGAAAACAUGCUAAAUGAAAGAAGCCAGACACAAAUCGUCACAUAGUAUAUGGUUCCAUUGAUAUGAAAUAUCCACAACAUGCAAAUCUAUAGAGAUAGAAGACAGAUUAGUGGUUACCAAGAAUUGGGGGGAAGGAGGAAUGGUGAGUGAGUGCUUAAUGGAUGCAAACAGCGCUUCCUUUUGGAGUGAUGAAAAUGUUCUGUAACUAGAUAGUGGCGAUAGUUGCACACAUUGUGAAAAUACUAAAUACCGCUGAACUGUACACUUUACACUGUACACUUUAAAAUGGUUAAAAUGGUGCAUUUUAUGUGUAUUUCACCACUGUUAUACAAAAUGUUCUGGGAAGUACUGUAAAGUAGGGGAGAAAUUUCCCUUGAAUGCUACUACCUAAAGGUAACCAUAGUUAACUUUGUUAAUAUUAUGUAUACCUAGCUUUGUUUUUAGGCAUAUAUACUAGUUUUCUGGGGCUGCUAUAACAAAUUACCACAAGCUAGGUGGUUUAAAGUAGCAGAAAUUUAUUCACUUACAGUUCUGGAGGCUAGAAACUGAAAUCAGGUGUCUGCAGUGUUGGUUCUUUCAGGAGGUUCUGAGGGAGAAUCUAUUCCAUGGCUGUCUCCUAGCUGCUAGUAGUUGCCAGCCGUCUUUGUAGAUGUAUCAGGAUCGGGGCUCUGCCUUUGUCUUCGUAUAGGGUAGUGCCCACCCUAAUCCAGUAUGACCUCAUUUUAAGCUAAUUGCAUCAGAAAAGACCCUAUUUUAAAUAAGGUCACAUUCUGAGGUUGUGAGUGAACAUGAAUUUUGGGGGGACACUCUUCAACCAAUACAGCAUGUUCUGAUUUUUUUUUAUGUAGUCUUUAUGUUAUAGAAGUAAAUUUUGUGUACCUUUAUUUUUCUGUUUCAUAGAUGGUAUAAGCAUCAUUUUAGUAGUUGUUUGGUAUUUCAUCAGGCGGCUAAUUCACUAUUUACUUAACACUUUUUGUAUUGUUGAACAUUUAGGUGAUUACUAAUCGUUGCCCAGUUGUGAAUAAUAAUUAUUAAUAUGUGAUAGAUUUCUAAAAUUGGAAUUACCAGAGUAAAGUGUAUGAACGUUUAUAACUUCCAGUUUCAGCAAACUCUUAAUCUGAUGUCCCAUUUUUUUCUUCAUCCUUAGGUACUGAAGUACUGUCAGUAUUUAUGUACUGACUUGAACAUAGAUUGGUAGUAUCACUUCCUUUCUAUCUCUUAUGGUCUCUUAAAAUGAAAUAUUAUUCACACAGCUUUUACAGUAUUACUUUAGAUUAGACCUGUGUAUUGACCUAUAUCCUUUGCAUUAAUGGUAGCCUGGACUUUGACAAGUCACUCUCUUUUAUUUCUGACUUAAAUAGAUCAGCAUUGUGAAAGAUGAGUUAUAAAUAGUACCUUAUUUAAUACAUUAGAAAUGGAAAUACUUGAAUUACAAUAAAUAUGCAUGUGUACCCAUGAGUAUC